AUGACUGUCGAUCCAACUUUCGAGCAAGUGACUCAAAAUGUCGAGCCUAACUAUGUCGAGGCGUCUCGCUCCCAUGAUCCCAGCAACAACAUGAAACGGACCGACCCUUUCCAAUUCGGCUCGCGAUUCCUCGAAAAGGGCGACGAUGUCUUCGAGUUCAAUGCCUGGGAUCAUGUUGAACCAGAUGAUGAGUUCAAGGCCUUUGCCCAAACCCAAUAUGCGAAGCAGCGAGAAACGCGAGUGUCGGACUUUGAUCGGAGGCGAUUCAACAUGGAACCAGCCAAGUGGUGGGAUAAGUUCUAUAAAAACAACACUGCAAACUUUUUCAAAGACCGCAAGUGGCUGCGCCAAGAGUUCCCAAUCCUCGCGGAGGUGACCCAGAAGGAUGCUGGUCCCAAGGUUGUCCUGGAAAUUGGCGCGGGAGCCGGAAACACUGCGUUCCCCCUAUUGGCGAACAACGAGAAUGAGCACCUGAAAGUCCAUGCCUGCGAUUUCUCCAAAUACGCAGUGAAGGUCAUGCGCGAAAGCGAGCACUACAACGAGAAGUAUAUGUCCGCCGAUGUCUGGGACGCCGCCGCCGUGCCAAGCGAGGAGUCCGAUUCUCUCCCGCCUGGCCUAACAGAAGGCUCGGUCGACGUCGUGAUUUUGAUUUUUAUCUUCUCUGCUCUGGCCCCUAACCAAUGGGACCAUGCCAUCCGCAACAUCUACCGCCUCUUGAAGCCCGGUGGCCGUGUGCUGUUCCGCGACUAUGGCCGUGGUGACCUCGCUCAAGUGCGUUUCAAAAAGGGCCGCUACAUGACCGAGAACUUCUACGUUAGAGGCGACGGCACCCGUGUCUAUUUCUUCGAGAAGGAUCAGCUCGUUGAUAUGUGGGGAACCUGGUCUGCCAAAGAUGGCUUGCAGAUUCCUAUUGGCGAUGAGGCUUCCGCCGAGGCAUCUGUUGAGGAGGCCCAGCCUGCCGAGGAGCCAUCAGCGGAGGCCAAGCAAUCAGCAAUCGAUAAUGGAGCUUUCGAGGUGCUCAACAUGGGAGUUGACCGACGGCUGAUUGUUAACCGUGGCACCAAACAAAAGAUGUACCGUUGCUGGAUGCAGGGAAACUUCGUAAAGCGCGGUGGACCUGCCAUUGAGACUGCCACCGAGCCCGCACAAUGA